CGUGAUACUUGUAGUAAAUAUGUUUAUUAAUACAAUCCCUUAUAAAUUAAUGUGUCAAAUAAUUUGUAGAUUGAAUAAAUAAGAAGCUGCAAUUGCAUACUAGGGAUUUAUUAUGUUAGUAAAUUGAUGCUAGUAACUACGUUUUGUAAAAUCGAAGUUAUUCAUAAUACGAACGACCGCAAAGUAGUUUCGACUAGUAAGUUUUGAGGAAUUUGGUUUUGAAGUGAAUAAAAAUUGUGAAAUAAUAAAAAUGUUAGCUCUAAAACGUACCUUUCCUGGUUUACAAAGAUGGGCAUACAACUUGUCUGGUUUUAAUCAGUUAGGUUUAUUUCGAGAUGAUGUACUUCAAGAAACUCCAGAUGUAAUAGAAGCACUUAGACGAUUACCACAUAAUUUAAAAGAAGAACGUGAUUUUCGUCUUGUUAGAGCUGUGCAGUUAAAUACCUCGAACAAAAUUUUGCCAAAAGAACAGUGGACUAAACUAGAAGAGGAUGUACUAUAUCUUCAACCAUAUAUAGAUGAAGUAAUACGGGAACGCUUAGAAAGAGAAGAAUAUGAUGCUCAGUAAAGUAUAAAUUGAUAAAAUGUAAUAUUUAAAAUUAGUAAAAUUAAUAUUUAUCUUAUGUCUAGUUUACUAAAAUUUAAACUGUUGAUUUGAAUCUGUAAUAAAUGAAAAUUAAGUAGAUUAUAUUUCUGGUCCAAAUAAAUGUUGUUACUAUAAUUAUAAUGUAUAUACAAAUGUAACAGUUACAAUAUAAGAAAUAUAUGUGUGCUUGCAUGCAAUAAUUCAAUA